AUGAAGAAACGCGUGUUCUGUUGCAAUCUUUUUGCUGCAAUCUCAUUUUGUUUGAUAUUGUAUGGUAUCAGGUAAAAAAUUAACAAGUUAUUUAAAAACAAAUUGAUAUAGAGAAGUCAUAAAAGUCAGUUUGACCAGAAACACAAAUUUACAUUUCGUGAUUGAAAAAUAUUAAUUUGAGAUAUUCUGAAGAACAUGAAAAACGAAAUACGAUCCAGGAUUGUUAUGUCAAUUGGGAAUUGUUUUCUUCUACUUCUUCUAUAAAUAUAUUAUCCUUAAUGAUUUCAAAGUAAUUUAGAGUUUUAAUGAAAAAUUAUAAAUCAAUAUUAUAUGGUAAUUCAUAAAUGACUUUUACAGCUUAGUUGUAAGGUACGAAGUAGAUGCAAAUAAUGCUAGGUAUGGUUACAUUAAUGUCAUCACUUAAUGCUUUAAUUUACGACUUCGCUAUAUUAGCUCUGUUAACUAUAUGUAAAGUUUAUUAUACACAAAGCAGUUAUCUAUUAAAAUUGUUUUAAGGCCUGCUAAUGCUUUGAAAAAAAAAAUUAUAAUAGACACAGAUGCUGGAGCAGAUGACGCAGUAGCUAUAUUUCUAAUUCUUAAGUCUGAAAACGAUAUUUUAGCAAUUACUUGUUCUUAUGGAAACACAUAUGUGAAAAAUGCAGUCACUAAUGUACUUAAAAUUUUAACUGUUGCUAACAGAAGUGAUAUAUCUGUCUAUAAAGGAGCAGAGAAAGCAUUAAUAAAUGAAUAUAAUGAAUACACGGAAGAUAAUUACUUUGGUUGCGAUGGUCUAGGAGAUUUCAAUUUUACAGAAGAGAUUAUUGCUAAAGUAGAUGAAACUAAACAUGCAGCUGUAGCUCUUGUAGAUUUAGUGAAACAACAUCCACAUCAAAUAACUUUAUUAAGCAUUGGCCCAUCAACAAACGUUGCUACAGCAAUUGCAUUGGAACCUUCAUUUUUGAAAUAUUUAAAGAAUCACAUUAUACUAGGUUCUAGCGUUUCUGGAAUUGGUAAUAUUUCACCUAAUGUUGAAUUCAAUUUCUAUCAAGAUCCAGAAGCUAAUUAUAUGAUACUGCAUAAGAAUGCUACAAACGUUUUAUUCCCAUGGGAAACGGCAAUCAAUAGCCACAUAUCCCUGGAUUGGCGUAAAAAUAUACUGGGGAAGAUAAAUUCUUCUAUCGUGAAUUUUUUAAACAAAGCAGAGCAAAAGAGUUUAACAAAGUCUGAUUCAUGGAGUGUCUCAGAUGCAAUGGCUGCUGCAGUGAUGCUACAGCCACAACUUGUAACAAAAUCGAUAGUAACAAAUGUAAGUCCUGUAAUGGAUGGAUUUGCAAGAGGCUCGGUACUUGUGGACUAUGCUAAUUUAACCAACAGGUCAAAAAACACAGAAAUUAUACAAUCAAUUGAUAUGGUUGCUUUUCAACAAUUAAUAUUGGAAAAAUUAUCUUGA